AUGUCUCGAAGGGUUUCGUUGCGGGCGGAGCUGUUAACCUCAUGCGCUGCAGAUAGUCGAGUGUCGAAAAUUAACCAAUGCAAGUUGACAACAGCAUUGUUACCUCGAAAUUGGAGUGAUGAGCGUAUAAGUUUUCACCCGUCUUUGCAUUGCCAAUUGUUACCACCUUUGGGGAUUUGA